UCCACUUGGUUGAAAUUGAAGCUUUCUCUUGAAGAUGGCAGACCCAGAUGUUCUCACUGAAGUUCCAGUAACAUUGAAGCGGAAGCGAUUAGCCAAGCAUGUCAUCCGGGGCUUUUAUGGCAUUGAGCAUGUGCUGGCCUUGGACAUCUUGAUCCGGAACCCCUGUGUGAAAGAGGAGGACAUGCUGGAGGUGCUUGAGUUUGAUCGGAAGCAGCUUCGAUCCGUUCUGAAUAAUUUAAAGGGAGACAAGUUCAUCAAAUGCAGAAUGAGGGUAGAGACUGCUGCAGAUGGGAAGACAACCCGCCAUAACUGCUAUUUCAUCAGUUACAGCACUCUUGUCAAUGUAGUGAAAUACAAGCUGGACCACAUGAGAAGCAGGAUUGAAACAGAUGAGAGAAAUUUCACCAAUCGGGCUUCCUUCAAAUGUCCUGUCUGCUGCAGCACUUUCACUGACUUAGAAGUUAAUCAGCUGUUUGACCCCAUGACAGAAACUUUCCGCUGCACCUUUUGCCAUACAGAGGUAGAAGAUGAAUCAGCAAUGCCCCCAAAAGAUGCUCGCACACUUUUGGCAAGAUUUAAUGAACAAAUUGAGCCCAUUUAUGCAUUACUUCUAGAGACAGAGGAUGUAAACUUGGCCUACGAAAUACUUGAACCAAAACCCACGGAAAUCCCAGCCCUGAAGCAGAGCAAAGACCGAGCAGCAACUGCUGCUAGAGCUGCCGGCCUGGCAGGUGGGCACCACUGGGAGGUAUGGACCAGCAAAGGGCCCUCCUAUGAAGACUUGUAUACUCAGAAUGUUGUCAUUAACAUGGAUGACCAAGAUGAUGUGCAUCGCACCUCGCUGGAAGGGAAAUCUGCCAAAGAGAGACCCAUUUGGUUGAGAGAGAGCACUGUUCAAGGGGCAUACAGUUCUGAAGAGAUGAAGGAAGAUGGCAUCGAUGUGGACCCGUUUCAGGAGCGCGAGGAAGCCCGUUCGCAGCCUGAUGACAACGAGGAGGUCAUGCGAGCUCUACUCAUUCAUGAGAAGAAGACUUCUUCGACAACAGCUGGCUCGGUGGGAGCAGCCACUCCUGUGACUGCUGCUAAUGGCAGUGACUCUGAGAGUGAGACCAGUGAGUCAGAUGAUGACUCUCCACCCCGACCAGCUGCUGCGGCUCCUCCUCAUCACGAUGAAGACGAGGAAGACGAUGAGUUUGAGGAAGUAUCAGAUGACCCCAUUGUUAUGGUGGCUGGCUGUCCAUUCUAUAGUGAAGUUAGCCAGCGGCCAGAGCUGGUAGCCCAGAUGACACCAGAAGAGAAGGAAGCAUACAAAACCAUCGGUCAGCGUUUGUUUGAGGAUCUCUUUGAGUGA